AUGGCUUUAAGAAUGGAAAAUCAGAAUGUAAUUGCUGCUGAGACUGCACACAGAAAUAAUCGACUGAUUGCAAUUGGUGGUGUCACCGGCGUUUACGAUCGUCUCGAUCCCGUGAUAGGAUAUGCUGCAGAACCAUUGUUACCACUUCAUGAAGCAUGUGUUCCAUUAGCCGACAUUCUCUACAACCUAUCAUUCUAUGUAGAAUUGGCACUCGAUGAAACGCCACUGGAGCCACCCGAUGGACUGACCAUAGAUGAAAGUGCUGCGAUUCGUCUCUAUACUAUUGAAUGGGAAAGACCACAUCGAAGUCUCUAUUCAAUGCUUAACCAUACUAUCAAGAUGUUGCCACAUGAAGAACUUCGACCUUAUUUCAAGUAUCUCAAGUUGCUUUUGACUGCUCUCGUUAAAAUACCUUGUGUUCCACCGUUAACAGUUUGGCGAGGUGUAACCAAAAACUUAACUGAUGAUUUUCCACCAGGCACUAUCGUAACAUGGUGGGCAUUUUCAUCGUGCACUAAAGAAUUGACCGUAUUAGAAGAUAACAAUUACCUAGGUAUGAAUGGCGAGAGAACUCUUUUCUCUGUUGAAGCGAUCAAUGGUCGCGCAGUGCAGGCUCACUCACAUUUCGUUACCGAAGAUGAAAUUCUUCUUUUACCUGGUACACAAAUGGAAGUUCAAUCGCUGUUUAAUCCGGCACCUGAUCUCCAUAUCAUUCAUUUAAAACAAAUAAUACCAAUCGAGACUCUUCUCGAACCCCCAUUUAAAGGUGCUCAUCUCUAUCCGCCUGAGAAGAAAAAACUACCUUGGUACAAGAAGAAACGAACAAUAUAUGAAUUGAUUUUGGUUACUAUGGUCUGUAUCGCUGGUAUUAUUAUUGGUGGAGUAUUUGGUUCGAGACGUACCCCUCCACCUCCCAUAUGUUUACCUCAUAAAACAAACCUGAUAGUUGAUUAUUUGUGGUCCUUUGAUUGUGGUGAUGUUCGAGAAGAUUUGACCGGUUUGUACAAUGGUACUGCUGUAAAUGGAGCUAAGGUUAAUUCAGUUGACUAUUCCGGGCAAGGCAAGGCAUUAUAUUUGGAUAGAAAUCAAAAGCAAUAUAUCAUACUUCCUCGUUCAUUGAAUCUGACACUCAACACAAGUUUUACAGUGUCUUCCUGGCUUUUAAUUGCUGGCUAUAAGCCAAAAACUAUUUUAAGCGAUUGUAAUAGUUUCAAUUCAAUAUGCAUCAGCUUCGUCAUCGCUGAUACUACUCUGAACAUUCAGAUUUCAAAUUGGGAUAAUCCAACUAUCAUUCAAACAGUAUUUGUUUCUUUUCAAAACUACGCUUGUCAAGCUUGUUGGAUUCAUGUGGCAUUCUCAUUUAAUCAUCAAACUGGAUCGACUAUUUUCUAUUUCGAUGGCAUACAAAUUGGAGAAAAAUAUUUGAAUUUGACUAUUGCAACCUUGUCACAAGCAAACAAAAUGAAAGCAACCUAUAUUGGAUUGGAUGCCGUGACGAAUGUACUACCAUUCUAUGGUCUCAUUGAUCAAUUGUCUGUUUUGUAUGUAGUGAAAAAUGCCAGUAUAAUUCUCUUUGAAGCAACCGUAGUUUGUCGCUACACAUUCGAGGGUGCCGAUAUCAAUGUUGGUUCGGGUCCGAAUAGUAUUCGAGCACGUAGCCAACAUGUCUAUCGAUUGUACUCGAACAAUAUGAGUACUCUUCUUUUCAAUGAUAGUGACUCGUAUUUCCAAUCGAGUGGAUUCACUCUAAUGAACUCAAUUGGUUAUGAAUAUUCUCUGACAUUCUGGCUUCGUUUGGUAAUACAAAAACCGGACACAGCUAAUAGUGCUAUCGCUGUCUUACAGUUUACAUCAUUGGUUGCUGAAAUAUCAACAGACAGCUAUAUAUGCCUCAUGAGUAUACAUGUUUACCCGGAGAAUCAGACUUUGGGAUUUUUUUUUCCCGGAUUCUUCGGAAUAAUCAAUGUGAACAAUUCCUUCAUAAGAAACAAUACUUGGGUUCAUAUUGGUGUGGCGUUUAAGAGCCCAGAAACAUAUUUAUUUUAUGAAAAUGGCAAACUGAUUUAUAAGGACACGAAUCGACGCUAUGGAUCGAUCAUAUUUGGUAAUCCACGACUUUCUAUAACAAUCGGUGGCGCAUACUUGAAUGAUUCUGCACCGAACAAGCCUGAUAAUUUUGAACGGAUGAAAUGUUUUGCAAGACUUCCUAUCUUUAAUUAUACAAAGAUGUAUGGAGAAAUUGAUGAUUUCACAUUUCAUGCAAGACAAUUAACAGACUCCGAAUUUUCAACUCUGGCUCAGUCUAAGGAUACAAAAAACUUGAUUAAAGAACUAUGAGAGUUUACUUAGGGUUGGUCAGUAGGAUAGAACAUUAGCUAAUUCUACUAUUAUCUUGAGCAUAUUAUGCUAACGUUCAUGUAGUAUUUCUUUUUCUCUUUGAUUUAUUGUUAAAACCAUGAUUCACUAUAUAUCAGUUCAGUAAAAAUAAAAACUCAAAUAUUAAGCGGUGCAAAAAAUCUGUGGAAAAAUGUCAGACUCUAUUAAACCACAUUGCUGACUUUUAAAUCAAUCAAUUUUUGUUUUUGUUGGAAAGAGAAAUGUCUGAACUACAAAUUUUGUAGUAGACAUAUUUUUCCAGAACAAAUCUGAGAAAGAAGAAAAGCCAAAAACCAAACACCUCUAAAAAGGUUCUUGCAACUUUUUUGCAAAUUGAAAGGUUUGUACUUUCCGAGUAUUUUUAGCCACAUGAACCAGAUUAUAACAAAAAAAUUACACCAAAAUAUAGCGCAUCAAACACUCUAUCGAUAUCAGCUUUGGUAAAAUUUUUUAGAUUCGUUCUUCAUUCUUUAAACUGAAAAGUUUGAAAAUUGAAAUUUUGUAAAAUAGAGUUUUUCGAAAAGACUAUCAGUUUACAGGGACAUCAGCCAUCAUGUCCAGAAAGUAUGAUAAACUGAAUUCUUUGUGCGUUAUUACUUUUAAAUACAUCAGUUUAUAGAGGCUUAGCAGAAAAAAUAAUUCAAAAAACAUUUUUUUGUCGUUGCAAAACAGUCAACUAGUAAGAAUAGUCAAUUAUAUUUUAGGAAAAGCUGUAUUUUAUUAUAAAAACCAAGUGUUAAUUUAACUUGCAAUACACCAUUGGAAAGAGUUACUACUCUUCGUGCUACAAAAAUCAUCAUUCAAUGUGUUUUUCAUUUCUCUUCUAAUAUAAAAAAAUAAACAGAAAAUAUGUUCUGGAAAAAUAUGUCUGCUUCAAUAUUUGUAGUAUAGACUGUGCUCUUUCCAACAAAAUAAAAAUGAUUGGUUUAAAAGUC